GCGCAACAUAUUCUGUCAACUGGACACGACGUAAACUUAUACAUAGUUAAUACAGCGAGGAACAGAAAGGCAUUUUGAUUUAAGAGACAUUACUCCUGAUCAAAAUUCUUACACUAAUAGACAAAUCCCUAACUACAACACCAACACACCACACCUUCCUUCUAUCUCCUGCGCUUAUUUGAUGGAAGAUCAGCAUCAGUCUAUGAUCAGAGCGCAUGAAGAACAAGUGGCGAAGGCCUGCUCAGUCUCUGCGAACAAGCCUCGAUCAGACAUUGGUGGAGACUUCCACUGUUCCUCUAAGAAACGUCUAGCAGAAGAAAAUAACGAAGAUACAACCACGUCCGCAUGCAUAGCUUCUAAAACAAGUAGGACAAUUACAACAAGCACAACCACAAUCGCUAUCCCAAGUACUAGCACCAUGCGAGGCGUGGCAAAUUUACCGCCUUUACCAGCACUAAGCGCCUUCCCGUCGCAUAUACGGACGGGUCAAACCGUCAUCGGCGUUGGAAAAAACUAUGCCAAACACGCUGCGGAGAUGUGGGACCAGUACGAACGGCAUCUUUCAAAGAGCCAGGGAAUGGUAAUCGUAAUAAUCGUGGUCGUUAAAGAAAGACAAAUUAUUUUUAAAAUCGUCAUGGUCAUUAUAUCCUAACUAAGCAAUUGAAAUUAUAAGUGUUGAAUCAGUCGUGAAUGUGUUGACAAAAGCAGCACAGAUAUCAUUUGUAGAACAAAGAAUCCUCUCAAUCGAUAGACUUCGAAUACAUGGCACUAGACAGUCACCUGCUCCUACGAGACCUCUUCUUACACUACAGACUGGCCCUCCCCGUCCAGAAGCAUCGCCGAUUCUGUUCCAAAAGCCACGAACAUCCUUCGUUUUUGACAGCCCCAUCCAAUACGCGAAAUCAAAGGGGGUAGUUCAUUACGAAGCCGAAGUCGCAAUCUUAAUCGGAAAAGAGGCUUACAGAGUAAAAAGAGAGGAUGCGCUCGACUAUAUUAUGGGCUUUACCGUUGGUCUAGACAUGACAGCACGUGAACCGCAGAUGGCCGCGAAGGAAAACGGACAUCCAUGGUGUCCAGCGAAGUCAGGACCCCACUUCUUACCGUUUGCAAAAGAUUUCAUUGCAAUAGAUCAAAUCUUGAAAGGAGGAGCAACAGCCUCUAGUACUGGUUCAACAACGCGAUUCUUUAAAAGCGGACUGCCACAUGCGGAAAUCGAGCUGGAGUGCAAAAUCAACGGUGAAUUACGACAAAAGGCAACGACCCGCGAACUAGUCUACGAUUUAUGGCUCUUGAAAAAAAUACAAUUUGAAUUUCUUUCUUCUGUAUUUCUUCUAGAUCUAGAUCAUGAUGAUCUAAGUACCUUGUCUAUGACGCGAUUUUCUUUUUCUGAGUAGAUGAAAAAUAUGGAAAAUGUUGAACAUGACGAUGAUGUUGACGUCCAUUAUUCGCGUCAUUCACUAGGUUCGUCAUGAUCAUGAUCUUCGAGUUGAACGAAAUCCUUUGUGGUCCGUCUUCAUCAUGUUUGUGUGUGUGGCGCCAACUCUAAAAACCGUACCCUUUCUACUUGAGGAAAUCACGAAAACCUGGCCUCUUGUUCCUGGAGAUGUAAUCAUGACUGGCACGCCAGAAGGCGUAGGGCCCGUUUUACACGGAGACCACUUUGAGAUGAGUAUUUCAGUACCAACAUCGGCAGGAGGAGACCAGCCUGAACCUUCUAACGAUGCUACAACGUGCUCACUGACUGCGACAUUUAGUGCUGAAAUUUUGCACGAUCUGUAGCUUGUUGCUAUUGCUAAGGUACUACAACGCACAGCCACACGCACACCGGCGUCUAGCUCCAUCUAGGAGCGUUUGCAAUUAUUUUAAGAACUAGCACACCAAGGAGCACCAUCAGUGCCACCUAUGGUUUUCUGCAGACAUCCGAAGCAAAGCUGUUCAAGUUUUCAUCUCGCAUCCGAAAGAAUUUCAUUGGACGUACAAUUUUCUUUUUUAUCAUGUAAUGGUGCUGCUCGAUAACCAGGAGGU